AUGCCACCGAGUCGAAGAGAUCUGUUGGUUAGGGAUCAAGCUGCUCAAUCUUCCAUGACCACUACCUCAUUCUUCAUACCCGACAACUCACCCAUGAUUUCGUACGCUUCAGCAGAUGGCACAUCCCCUUGGACAGCUGGCUAUGCUAGACAAAGUGAUGGGUAUGAUGAGACUUUACAUCUCACCACUAGUUCGAAUGCUCAAGUUUCUUUCAACGUAUCCGCCUCAUCACUCACUUUCCUCGUUCCUCAAUUCGACGGAUGUUCAGCCACUGUAUCCAUCAACUCAUCCACACCCGUCACUGCCUGUUCCACCCUUUCCUCGACCAACAGCACCAUCCCUUUCUCCCUCUACAACCUCCCCGAUGGUAUCCAUCGUGUCAAUUGGAACACUAAUGUGAUACCUCCUGAACAGAAUGUCAUUUUCUGGGGACUGGAUGGGGUCAGAGAGGUGGAAGGGACAGCUACCAAUGUCACUAUCGAUGAUAGUUACGCCGCUGGAGGACCGGUCCACGUUGGGUAUGAAGGUACUUGGUCUUCAGUGUCGAGCUCUAGCAGUUCGGCAUUGAGCGAGCAAUCGGAAGUGUCUACAUUCUUCAACAAGACGGUAGCCAUCACUCAGAGUUCUGGUUCCACAUUGACCUUCUCCGGUCAAGGUUCCGCGAUCUACCUAUACGGACCAGUGGGUCCUGAUUACGGUUCGGCAUCCAUCACACUCAAUGGUGAUGUAGUUGCAGGACAUCUCAACUUGACCUCUCCUUGGGCUUUGUCAUACGAAUUAUUAUGGUUCCAAACAGGUCUAGACGACACCGUCCCCACUAAUUUAAGCAUGACUUCUCUCUCCUCUGCGAAAAUGGGUUUAGAUUUUAUACUUCUCUCUGCCAGUGCCGAUGCUUUAUCCCAAUUACAUGUGGACGCAUCCACACCUUUCCAAUCGACUCCGGGAGGGAAAGCAGUCCUAUACGGUGUCGUUCCAUUCACUGCCGUCGCCUUGAUAGCAUUCCUCACUUGUUAUUUCCUUCGACGUCGUCGACCAUCUCGUCGUCAUUCCUCCACCACACAAACCAUGUCUCUUCGUCCUGAUCAAAUCGGUUCAUGGGAGAAACGUGGUACAGUCUAUUCUACCAGCUCUUCUCCCAGCCAAGAAGAUAUGAACGUUUUCGUCUCUUAUGAAGCUGGAAAAGGACAACGUCUCUCCGACCGAUGGAACGAUGGUGUUAGUCCUAAAUCUCCCCGUAGUGCGAGAAGUGGACGAGAUGGAUCUAUUCGAAGUGAUACCACAACACCUCGUGCUUCACCUUAUCCACGCGGAGGAGGUUUAGGUCCAUUACAACCUGUAGCGGAAAGUUCUCAAAUCUCCCCUGAACUCUCAAGUGGAGAAAGCGCCGCCAGUUGGAUCCGACCAUUCCAUUCGAUCUUAGGAAGUAACUAUGCUCGUUCUUCCAGACGUGUUACCGCUCUUCCCGCUUAUACAUUGGAAUCAAGUUCAGAGAGUGAAUCCCAUGGUACACAUACCGCUCAUAAUGAUACUUCAACAUAUCAAAGUGCCGAAGCUGAAAAAGCUAUCUUAGCUCGUGAAUUCGAUACUACCGAUACUGAACGAAACACUCCAUCUCCAUAUAGUCACCCGGCUGGACCUUCUUCUCUCCCUAUCGAUAAUGAACCUAUAAAUAAACCAUCAGCGAAAGAUCAACUUUUGUCAAGGGUACAAUCACUUCGUGAAGGUCAUCUUUCAACUCUCGCACCUUCAUCAAUCAUGAGUGUGUUUGGUGCUCCACCAUCACUUCGAAGAUCAUCAACGAUUACAGCUAUCACUACCGUCACUUCAGAAGUUGAAAGAGCGAGACCUACCAUCGUGACGGAUUUAUCAAGAGUUCAACCUGCUAGACCUUCCGCUCCUACACCUUCAAGAACAGGAAUGGAUUUACCAAACAGUGGAAGAUUAAUAGAUUUAACACCUUCAAGUAUGAGAAGUAGUACUUUCAGUUCGGCUUCAUCACCUGGAUCGGCGUUGAGAGCUUGGGUAGCUUUACCACCAACAGCAUUCACUUUUGCUCAGAAGGGAAGGAUUAGAACACAGAGUACAGUUACGGCAGGGAGUGAGGAAAGUCUUUCUGAAGUUCCAGCCACGACCAAUACAUCUAGUGAAUCCACUUUGAACGGAAGAAGUAUUAACGGUUCAACUUCGAAUUGGUUGACAAAGUCAGAUUUCAGGAGUAGGGAUGAGACCAGGGGUAGAAGGAUGUUUAGAGAGAGAAGUGCGUUCAAUAGUGGAACGGCGACCAAUGAGAAUUCCCUAAUUGGUAGAUUAGGGUUGGGGAUUGUGGAGGAAGAAAAUGAGGAAGAAAAUGAGGCUGCAAAUGAGGCUGAAGGGGAAUCGAGGUCGGAAAGAAGUAGAGAAUUUUUGGGAGAAACGUAUCUGGAGACUUUGAAAUAG